AUGGUUACAAAACGUUCUGAUGAUGAUGAUUCACAACAUCCUAAAGAAACUGAAGCACCAUAUUUUCUUCAUCCACCUGUAUCAAAAGAUGUUCCAAAAAUAUCGACAGCUGCUACACCAAAAGAAAUUGAAGCACCAAAUUCUCUUCAUAAACCUGUAACAAAAGUUGCUCCAAAAAUAUCGAAAGCUGCUGCAGCCAAUCCCCCGUCAGUUAUCACACCAGUGAGCAGAGUUUAA